AUGAGUGGAAUCGCACUGCUUUUUUUCAUUUUCCUACCUAUUUAUUACCCACAAAACCUUGUCAACAACAACCCAGUAUUACCCACAAAACCUUGUCAACAACAACCCAGUAUUACCCACAAAACCUUGUCAACAACAACCCAGUGCAAUAUGUCUGCAAUGAAUAUUUUCAUUCUCUUGUUUGUAAGCCUCGUUUCUUAUCCAGUUACUGAUAAGGUAACUAGCUUACCGGAGCAACCACCGGUGCAGUUCAAGCAACACUCGGGAUACAUAACCGUUAAUGUUUCCCACCACCGGAACCUCUUCUACUAUUUCGUAGAAGCUGAAGUUGAUCCACCGUCAAAACCAGUUGUACUAUGGUUACAUGGUGGGCCUGGUUGUUCUGCCGUGGGAGAAGCGGCAUUUUCACAGCAUGGACCUUUCCUCGUCACUUCCAAGGGUCUGAUAAAAAAUCCCAACAGCUGGAAUAGAGAGGCAAAUAUGCUGUACUUGGAUUCUCCAGCUGGCGUCGGUUUCUCUUAUUCGGAAAACAUGUCCGACUACUUAUUUUUAAAUGAUGCCUUUGCAGCAAGGGAUCACCUUGCUUUUUUGCAGCUUUGGUUCAGUAAAUACUCCGAUUUCCGAACCAACGAUUUUUUUAUAGCUGGGGAGAGUUAUGCAGGACACUUUGCUCCCCAACUUGCACACCUCAUCCUUCAGACCAAAUCUGAAUUCAAUCUGAAGGGGAUAGCUAUAGGGAAUCCUCUUCUUGAAUUUGACACCGACUUCAAUGCCUCGACUGAUUUUUUGUGGCAGCAUGGAGUAAUUUCAGAGUCAACAUAUGAAAUGUUGAACAAUGAAUGCAGCUACCCAACAAUAAAGAAGCAGAUCAGAGCUACUGGUGAAUUAAGUACCAGCUGUGCUAAAGUUAACCUUCAAAUGGAAACGGAGAUCAAUGCCAAUACAGACACAUUCGACAUUUUGGCUGAUGUUUGUCCCGUGCCACCAGAAACACGAGCUGGAGUGAAGACAAAUGUAUGCAUACGAGAUGACUCGAUUGCAUACUUGAAUAGGAAAGAUGUGAGAAAAGCUCUUCACGCCAAGCUUGUAGGGGUCAAAGCUUGGUCAUCCUGCAGUCCGGUUCUUGUAUAUGACUUUCAAAAUCUUGAAAAUCCAACCAUAUCUUUGCUAGGGACACUUGUAAAGUCCGGUGUUAGGGUGCUAGCAUAUAGUGGUGAUCAGGAUUCGGUCAUACCGUUUAUUGGGACACGGUCUUUAAUAAAUGGAUUGGCUAAAGAUUUGGGGUUGAACGUAACAAGACACCACCAAGUUUGGUUUCAUGGAACUCAGGUUGCUGGAUGGACCCAAGUAUAUGGGGACAUCCUCACUUUUGCAACCGUAAGGGGAGCGGGUCAUUCAACUCCAUUAGCUCAACCAGAGAGAUCGUUGGAGAUGAUGAAAGCUUUUUGGAAAGGAAAACCCCUCCCUAAAAGACCACCCUUUCCCAUCAAAGAUUGA